AUUACCAUUUUGAUUGCUUUGAUGCCAUUUUUGGAGGGGGAGGGGUUGGAAGACCCUUCGCUGAGCACAAAGAUGUUUAAUCGCUGUGUAGAAUCAAACCAGAUACUUUAUUAUUAUUAUUAUUUUUUUUUUUAGAAAAAAAACCCCAUCACCAAAUCCGGUACAGUGUGAUAGCUAAGAGGGAUGCUAAGCCCUUUUUCACUGGGUAGAACGACAAGUUGUUGACUCUUAUGCUCUGAGUGGAAGAUUUAAGAGAGGGAGGGAGGGAGGGAGAGGGAGAGAAUCCAGUAAUCCGCAGCUUUUAUUGCAACAAUGUCUUUAUGUGUGCUUCUACGUGGCAAUAGUUUUACUAUUUGGAGUGGCUUUUCAGAGCUUGGGUUUGAUCAUUUCUUCUGUGUUGUAGCAACUGUUUCAAGGCUGUUUAAAAUUUUAUGAUGAUAGUAAAUGAGUAGCUAUUUAUUAUCUGUCAUGCCGGAAUUUCGAUGAGGCUGAGAGAAACAUUUGAAAUUGUGUUUGGAGGCUCCCGUGCAGCUUCGGGGAAGGAGCUUUCCUACUCCAGGCUGUCUUUGCCUUUAAAUUUGAACUAGGGGAAGGAAAGAUGCUUGCGAAUGGAAUGUACCUCCAUCUUUUUGUGUGUGUUGAGUGUGUGUUCAGAAAGAAAGGAAACAAGGAAAACUUUUGUUCUCUGGCCUUUUAAAAAUGUUUCUCUUUUAAAUGACUAAAUAUAACAUAUGGUAAGCAGCCAGCCUUGGGCCUGGCCAUCGGAACUUGUGUUUGGAACUGUCUGUUGUUUUUCUUUUUCCCUUUGUGGCAUUUUAUAUAACAAGGGCUCAUAAAAGAGGGAGGGGAGGGGGCCGAGCCGUGGUGCAGCAUGCUAAUAAAGCUGCCUUGUCUCUCCCGAGCUCCGCGGUGAAAUCUUUCAGAGGUCACCUAUGAAAUGAGUUGGGUAGACUUAACAUUUACUCCUCUCUCCCUCCUUGGGAGAGUUUGGUGGUGAUUGGCAGCUCGGCGGGGGAAAGGUCCAUGAACAGGCUCUUUGGAGGUGAUUCUGGGCUGCACCCAGGGUCUGGAAGAGGAGCAGCGGGGGCUCUGCUUGGUCACCUCGGAACCUGCCCGGGAGUAGCAGAAAUGUGGGAGCAGGCUUUGGGAGCCAUCACUGCAGUGCCUGUCACGGGUCCUCAGGUCAGCUCCUUGCAGAGGUUGGCCGGGCAAGGAGCGGCGGUGCUACCUCAGGUUAGGCCAAAGACUCUGAUUCCAGACAGCCUCCCCGUCGCCCCAGGCCGGGACCGGCCACCCAAGCAGCCCCCGACCUUCCAGAAGGCCACCGUGGUCAGUAUCAAGAACCCCAGCCCAGCCCUCCCCACCGCCAACAACACCGUGAGCCAUGUGCCAGCACCCGGCAGCCAGCCCCAGGCCCUCGCUGAGCCCGCCGCCAUCGCCUCUCCCCUGAGCAGUGCCGGGGUGGCCUAUGCCAUCCUCACCACCGCCCCCAGCAAUGCCGCCGCCAUGGCCCCCAGCACUGCCGUGUCUGUGGUCAGCGACAGCGUCAAGGUCCAGCCCCUCCUCAUCAGUGCCGACAAGAAGGUCAUCAUCAUCCAGCCUCAAGUGCAGACGCAGCCUGAGAGCACGGCAGAGUCGCGGCCACCCACGGAGGAGCCAUCUCAGGGAGCUCAGGCGACCAAAAAGAAGAAGGACGACCGGCCCCCGAGCCAGGAGAACCCCGAGAAAAUCGCCUUCAUGGUAGCUCUAGGCCUGGUCACAACGGAACACUUGGAAGAAAUCCAGAGCAAACGCCAAGAGCGGAAGAGAAGAAGCACAGCUAAUCCUGCGUACAGUGGCCUCCUGGAGACGGAGAGGAAACGGCUGGCGUCCAACUAUCUCAACACCCCCCUGUUCCUCACAGCGAGAGCCAAUGAGGACCCCUGCUGGAAGAGUGAGAUCACCCACGCUGAGCACUGUGCUGCCUGCAAGCGAGGGGCCAACCUGCAGCCUUGCGGCACCUGCCCGGGGGCCUACCACCUCAGCUGCCUGGACCCGCCCCUCAAGACGGCGCCCAAGGGCGUAUGGCGGUGCCCCAAGUGCCAGCAGAAGGCCUUAAAGAAAGACGAUGGCGUGCCCUGGACCGGGAUGCUGGCCAUUGUGCACUCCUACGUCACCCACAAGACGGUCAAGGAAGAAGAGAAGCAGAAGCUGCUACAGAGAGGCAGCGAGCUACAGAGUGAGCACCAGCAGCUGGAGGAGAGGGACCGGCGCCUGGCCUCGGCAGUGAAGAAAUGCCUAGAGCUUAAGACGAGCCUACUGGCCCGGCAGAGGGGCACCCAGUCAUCCUUGGACCGCCUGCGGGCCCUCCUGAGACUGAUACGGGGCGAGCAGAUGCUGCAGGUCACCAUGACGACCACCAGCCCCGCCCCGCUGCUGGCCGGGCCCUGGACCAAGCCCCCAGCGGCAGCCAUGCGCUCUGCCCUCCAGCACCCCCAGGGGCACAACUGACCCUGCGGGACCCGCUUCACACCCACGGAAGGUUCCUGGGACCCUGCUCAGCAGACCUGAGGGUUCUGUCCGCCUUAAUUCAUAAACACUAUGAAUUUCAGACGAAAAUAAAACCUGACCGAGAGAGACAGAGGAAAGAAGGGGGAAGGAACUGGGUGGAAGUCCUUUCCCUCCACAUUUAGACGGGGCACCGAGGAAGCCAGGGCGGUGCCCGAUGGCCGGGUGCACAGUCAGCCCCUGGCUGUUGGGGGGCUGCCCAGGCCUCCAGCUUCCAGGCACAGCUGUCUCCUCGGCCUCGUGCUGCGCCCCAGGAGAGAGAAGGACAGAGGUUGGGAGGGGAGCCGAGAACCCGAAGACCUAGCCGAGUAGUAGCGGUAGUUGGGGCGAGCAGUGGGUAGCGAAUCUAGGUAGGACUCCGUGCCCUUCCCGCUCAGGGGCCCCGGGGCUUGGGGCCGGGGCGCUCCAGCGCCUUCCAGAACGCGGGCCCCUGUCUGUCAGUGUUAUUAGCAUUAAGAGUCACAGCUGUUGAACUUGAAAGAAACUACGAGGCGGGUCCCCCCGGGGAGGGACUCUGCAGUCUCCACCUGCCAGGGCCUCCGCGUGCCCCCGCGUCUUCAGAGUGCCCAUCUGUACGCCUCUUGCCCUUUGCCGACCUUCUGGACUCAUUUUGCCACCGGUGUAUUUUUCUCAUGGGGUUUUUGGGCAAGAUGGAGCUGCAAGCAUAUGCAGGGGAGGCCUUUGGCGGGUUUUCCAUUCGGGGUUGAAUCAUUCAACUUACGACUGAAGCCUGUUCUUUUCUCCUUUCGAAGAGCCGAUAAAGUAUUCCAUUCCUCUCUUCUUGCCAGUACAGACACUUAUGCCAAAAAAUAACUUUACAUUUUUGUAUGGCGUUUUUAUUGUAAGAUAUUUAAUGUGAAGGGGGGAUGCUUGCUGACUUCUUUUCCUGCUUACAGUGGUCUCUGCUGCAAGGUACGAAUGCGAAAACCCCUCCUGGGGGACUGCCGAACUGGAGAGAUCC